AUGUCGGUGCUGGUUUCUGUGAGUCCUCUUCGAGGUUUUGGAGGCAUGUGGCAUGUCAAAGCUUGCUUGCCGUGCGUGCUGCCUUUUGUCUUGGCUUGGAUGCUGGCUCUUCAAGGCUGCAAGGACAACGUCGAUCAUGUCCAAGGCGAUGGCUCAGGAGGGACCAUCAGGAAUCUGCACAGUGUGGGAGGUCUCGGUCCCUUGAAAAGCCGGAAUUGGACCAGUAGCAACCUGAGCAACGUGGCAGUUGCCGGCAGCAACUCGGGCGAUGCCACAACUGCUGGCCGGACGGCCUUGCUGGAGCCCAGCAUGUCGCAAGCUGCACAAAGUAGCGCCAAUGCUUCCUCCCAAGAGGCCUCCUUUCCUCUGGCAGCCACGUUCUGGUCCCUCGGUGCGCGGCUGUUGAUGGCCGUGGUACCAGAGGCUUCCAAUGGCAGCUUGCUGCAGGAACAGAUGCUCAUGGUUGACACCGGAUCUUCCACGCUCGUCUUUUGCCAGAGCACUUUGCUCCAAGAAGCCGCCUACCAGGAAACGCCCUACAUCUCUUGCAAUCGCUACAACCCCGGUGGUGCUCCUAUGGAGUAUUGGGGCCCCUUUGUCACAGGGAACGUCCAUGCAGGCAACGUGACCUUCCAGGAUGCCACUUACAGCAUCAUGGCGGAGGAAGAGGGCAUGUCUUGCCAGGACGGCAUCCAGGGAAUCUUCGGCAUCGCCUUCCAGCAGUUGGAUGCUGCCUAUCCUGUGACGCCUGGCUUCACGAUGGCAGAUUGUCCGGAGGGGCUGCCGCCGCCCACGAGCAAGAAGCUGCCCUCGCCCAUGGUCAAGUUGGGAGCCCAAGGUGGUGUGGAGAAGCUGGGCAUCCACUGGUCCGGGCACCUGGGAGAAAACCAGGGCAUGCUCUAUCUCGACGAUGCUGCCGUAACCAACGAGCACUACGACGCGUCCUCGCUGGUGGGCCCGGCAGUUCUGGGGGAGAUGGGCUGGUAUGAUGUGGCGGUUCAGAAGAUCUCCGUGGGUGACCAGGAGUUCACAGGCUUCGGUUGCGCCCCGAGGCCUGGCAAGGCGUGCGUCAUGGACACAGGGACCCCGGCCGUGACGGUGCCGCCGAAAGUCUUUGACUCUGCCGCCCAGCUCGUCAAAUCCGGAGGGUCCGCGAACCUCACCUUCUGGCUGCCUGGCGUCGCUGGGGAGGCUGUGGCGCUCAGCUUCGAUGUGGCUACGCUCUUUGAGAUGGCGGGACUCUUCAAAGCCCGCGAGGGAGAGAAUGUCAUCCUUGGACUAUCAAUGUGGGCCUUCUACUACACUGUCUUCGACGUAACCGAUCAGUCCGUCUCCUUCAUCCCACAACAACCAGGCACGGCAGCCUCACGAAGGGCCAUUCUUCAUAAAGUCUUGGCCGAGGAAAGGGCGAUGGGUUUACUGGGACAUGGCGGGCGCCGGAUGGAGGAGCUGCCAAUUCACGUGUGA